GUCCGACCUUAGCAGACAUCAGAGUCAACACAAGAACUUAUCUCUCCAACAUUGUUGUUAAUGUCACAAGAACCUUAAAAUGGCAGGAGGGGAUUAUUCAAGUGAAAGGAAGCUUGAUCAAACACCAACAUGGGCUGUUGCUGGUGUCUGUGCAAUCAUCAUUAUCAUCUCCAUAGCUUUAGAGAAAGUUCUUCAUAAAAUUGGAAAGAUUUUUACAGAUAAGCACAAGAAAGCUUUGUUUAAUGCUCUGGAGAAGGUCAAAGCUGAGUUGAUGGUUCUUGGAUUUAUCUCACUGAUAUUGACUUUUAGUCAGUAUUACAUUGCGGAAAUAUGCAUCCCAGUUGAUGUUGCAAAUACAAUGUUGCCAUGUGCUUUGAAAGAUAAAGCUGAAAAAGAAGGAAAAGGAGCCCGUCGGUUGCUUCUAUGGUACGAGCACGGUAGAUUGUUAGCUGGUGCCGCUACAUCUAGCUGCAAGGAGGGGAAAGUACCAAUUAUAACUGUGGAUGGGCUUCAUCAAUUGCACAUACUCAUAUUCUUUCUAGCGGUCUUACACGUUGCGUACAGUGCUGCUACAAUGGCUCUUGGGAGAUUAAAGACCCGUGGCUGGAAGCAGUGGGAGGAGGAGACAUCAUCUCAUAACUAUGAGUUUUCCAAUGAUCCUUCACGAUUCAGGCUCACUCAUGAGACAUCGUUCGUGAGAGCACACACCAGAUUUUGGACUCGAAUCCCAAUAUUCUUUUACAUUGGAUGCUUCUUCCGUCAGUUUUUCAGGUCCGUUAGCAAGUCUGAUUAUAUGACCUUGCGAAACGGAUUCAUAAAUCUUCAUUUAGCUCGAGGAACUAAAUUCAACUUUCAAAAGUACAUCAAACGGUCACUAGAGGAUGAUUUCCAGGUUGUUGUGGGAGUCAGUCCCGUACUGUGGGCAUCAUUUGUGAUCUUCUUGCUCCUAAAUGUUAAUGGCUGGCAGGCAUUGUUCUGGGCGUCGAUAAUCCCAUUAGUUAUUAUCUUAGCUGUUGGAACAAAGCUUCAAGCCAUCUUGACAAAAAUGGCUCUUAAAAUCACGGAAAGACACGCAGUCGUCCAAGGGAUUCCUCUUGUGCAAGCCUCGGAUAAAUACUUUUGGUUCUCGAAGCCAAGCCUAAUGCUUCAUCUCAUACAUUUUGUUUUGUUUCAGAAUGCUUUCCAGAUAACUUACUUCCUUUGGAUUUGGUAUGAAUAUAAGAUCAAUUCUUGCUUCCAUGACAAUAUGAAACUUGUGAUUCUAAAACUUGUUAUUGGGGUUGGAGUUUUAAUAUUGUGUAGCUAUAUAACGCUUCCACUAUACGCGCUUCUAUCACAGAUGGGGUCGACCAUGAAGAAAUCCAUAUUUGACGAACAAACUGCUCGAGCCCUGAAGAACUGGCGAAUGAUUGUGAAGAGGAAGCACGGAGGCAAAGGUGGAAAGUCCCUGGCGCGAUCAUUAGCGAGUAGCCUUACUGCUAGCCCGGUUCAUUCAAUGGCAUCGCCUAUCUACCCAACAACUACAACUACGGCUACACUGCACCGUUUCAAGACAACCGGCCACUCCACACGCUCUAUCACCUAUGAGGACACCGAUGCAUCAGAUUUUGAAGCUGAACCACUCUCUCCUGAAUCAUCAUCUACCACACACUUGAUUGACCCGAGGGUUGAUUAUUAAAGCGAUCAUGAGACUAAGUUAGAUGUAUCAACUCAACAAGAAGUUGAAACAAGACAUGAGACAUGAGGAAGAGUUUUCAUUUGCGAAGUCUGCAACGCCAUUGGAAUAGUUAAAAACUGCAUUAAAGAUGAUAUAAAGCAUAAAACUCUCCUAGUAGGAGAUGAAUAGUUAAAAAUUGUUUUGCUUACAUUUGUUAGUUGUCAAAAUGUAUCAUGUUGUAUAGAAGUGUAUACAACAAAUUUGAUAAAACUCAGUUAAUGUAGAUAACGAGUUGACGUUAACCCGCACAUUGCGGCGAGAUGUUGCUUAUAAAUGUUUUUUUUUGUAUCA